AGGAGGAGGGCUGGAAAAAUUCCGUCCACUCCUGGCGACUUGAACGGUUGAAAGAUGUUCACUGCUGCAUACUUGCUUUGCAAUUGCAAUAGUUUCUUUCAUAGUUUUGCUAUGUUCGGUCCUAGUGUGUACUUAGGCUGGAUUGCCACUUUCCGGAAAGUAAGUCUUCAGGAAGAGCUGUACUUUGUCCUAUUCACUCUUCGUGAAACUGCCAUCCAGUUUCCUCGCCCGUCGUCAAUACUCUGUGAAGUCUUGAAGUUUCCAUUAAUUUCGACGCUUAUAUUUUGAAGGCCGUAACCCAUGAGAAAAUCCAAAUACUCUUAACACCGUUAUUCAUACUCUGAUUGAGUAUAUGAUUAAUUUGGAAAUGAUUUGAUAAAGUUAUUUAUACUAUUGCCAGAAGGUCUAUUAUCCCACAAUAAUGAAUGAAUCAAUUGGAUAAAUAUGUAACACAUACUAUGGAAAUGAAUAAAUGUUUAUUAAUAAAUAAGAAUUACUCAUAUCAUAAAAAUCAUAUAUUUAUGCUAAUUAAAAUAGAAUAAGUGUAUAAAUAAAUAAUUAGUGUAUUUCAACAAUAUACGUAUUUAUGAAGACAAGUACAGAUGCAUCCUCUGUUUUUAAAAAAUAUAAACUUUGCAUACUACAAUUUCUUUGUACUGAUCGUACAUUUUCAGUUUCUUGAAAAAUGUUCUUUUAAAUAUUCACUUGUAAUUCCAUGUGAAAUAAUAGGCGAAGUUAGUAAGAUUAUUCGAUGGGAAACAAGAAAUAGUCUGAUUUUCUGUUUGAUUUUAAUCAUGGGACAAGCAAAGUAGAAAAAGUUGGUUUCAACUGGAAGGUAGAUGACGUCGAUGAGGAUGGCAUCGGUUGCAGGUCGCAUAAAGAUGACGAUGACGGUGACGGCAACGGCAACGGUUUUAAGUCAUUUGUAGUACAGAUAAUUUUAUUUGAUAUUUUUCUUUUCUGAUUCUCGGAGUCGUCCAAAUAGCACUCGGCGACAGUAGAGUAGUAGACUUCCAGCCACCGAGGCGCUUUAGGUUGUUAUUUCUUCGUCGGAGUCUGCUAGGAACGUUGCCGAAGAACGUCUGAAACUGUGUCCUGUAUAACGUUCCGGAUUAUGCGGCAAUCUCUGCUGGCAUCUUACCAAAAGUGUUUACGCCAACGCAUUGAACUGAGCAUUUUCCAUUCUUAUAAUGAAUAAAAAAUCGGUGGUAUGGAGUGGUAGGUGGUCGUAAAUCUGCGUACUUUCUGUACAGCGUUAAGUUAAAACAAAUGAUCUUGACGAAUUAAUUGUGGAAUCAGAAAUUUUCACAAUAAUUAAGUUGCCUUUAUCUUGAAUGUCGUCAACAGUGAUAUUUACACGCUCGGAUCUGCGGAGAGCGCCGGCCAGUGCAAAAAUGGUACUCAUUUUAACCAUCAGGUAUACCUCAUCGGUAACUAGCUGAAUCCUGGAUAUAUCUUCUUUGGUAAAAACUUGCGCGUUCUUUGCUCGAAAACCAAUAUUUUUUUGUUUAAGAAACGACGUUAGCUUAUGGAAGUUUCCUAUAUCCAAAUUUUGUUUUAUUUUUACUAAACUUUUUACCAUCGAAUAGCGGAGCCAUAAUGUAUUAGAUUUCAAAACCUUACCUAGGUUUGAAAAAUACGCCAGAAAUACCUCUUCCUUAUAAGUUUUGGCCCCUUUCUGCUUAUACCAUGUAACAAAAUGGUCGUAUAUUAAUAUUGUUGUAUCGGAUUCGGUUUAAUGUGGUUUAAUUUAGAAAAAGAUGUACUUAUUCGGUCACUUCCAAGACGUUUUGGACAACUUUGAUGUUUUAGUAACAAUUACACGUCUGGGUUGUCAUAGCAACUGAUAUCAAACCCGGAUGGUUUGAUGGUUGUUUUGUGACACCCCUUUGAAGAAUGUACAAAAUACAUAUACAAAAUAUCUUAAUUAUUUUAUAUUUUCAAAAAAUUAAAAAUGCUACAAAAAGCUAGAAAAGGUUUAAAUUUUAUUUGAUGGACUAUUUCGUAAAUAUUUAUUUACCUGUAGUAAUAAUAGUUACAACCUCCGAAGUAAAAAACUAUCUAAUAAGGUCAAAAUUUGCAUAAUUUCACUUUUCCGCUCUAGUGCAGGAAAGUAAAAUUAUGCGUGCGGGUAAGUGGGUUAAAACGCACGGUCGUAGAAAAAAGAAAUUUCCUAUUUAUUUCCUCUUUACAAUACAUCCCGUUUUCCAUAAAUAUGGCAGAAGUAAAGGAAAAAAAAAUGAUAAUAUUUGUUCUGUUAUUUGUUUCAAAGUGAAUAUCCGAUCUACCAUUGAUUUGUUGCAUUUAAAUUCUGCUUACUUGCACCGUUUAAUGUGUUGUCUAUCUCCUAUAAUUAAGUUAAUGAAAUGAAAAUUUUAUUAGAAAAUUCAUCUAAACAAACACAGUAGGUUGAAAUUUGUAAUAAUAAUAAUAAAGUAAAAACAUUUUCAUUGCCACCGUUAGUUAUAUUAUCCUACACUAUUAUUAUUAUUUACUAUUUACAGGUAUGUAUUAUUAAUUAUUAAUCAUUAUUAUUAGAAAAUUUGUAAACAUUGUAAAUGUAUGUAUUAACAUCUAUUUAUAGACAUGUAUUUCGAUUGGUAUAAACCUUGGUAUUGGAACAUUUUGGUCAAGUUGUUUUAGGAAUGACGCGAUUUAUAAUAUAACUUCUCCCUCUUAUAUUCACCAACAUUUUCAACAGGCCAGGAUUCAAGUACACUGCAAAGAUUACUAAAAACUCGUUUUCAGGGACCGAAAUAGACGGUCUCAGUAAGAAUAAUAUUUAAAUUAUUAAAAAUUUAUUAUUUAAUGUGCCUAGUGAAUUUUUCCUUAUGGAUUUUAUAUUUCUUUUAAUGAAAACAAAUUAUCACCUCAAUCCUCAAUUAUUUAAUAUAAGUAAUUUUCAACAUUGUUAUGCUUUUAUACCUAUUUUUACAUUGUACUUUAGCCAUAAAUCAAAACUGGUAGUAAUUGCUGAGUAGAUAGAACUGGAGCUAGGGAGAUAUUGAGGUUUGCAGCUCUAAAAACAGUCUUAAAUUAAUUAUUUAGUUUUCGUUUCCGAAUUGCUGCAAAUCACAAUAUAUUCCUAGACUGUUAAAUAUUUUUUCAAUAUCAAUAUCAAAAUAAGAAUUGAAUCAAAAUUUGUUUUAACAAGAAAUAUUAAUAUUUCCUCAAUUUUUAAAUCUCAAAUACGUAGCAGUCAUCAAUUAAAUUAUUUGUAGUUGUAUAAGGAUUUACAAAUUAGAGGUAUAGAUUUUACUUAAAUUAUUUAUUAUUAUUACUUUGUUAUCCUUCAUAGCUAUAAAUAAUAAAAGAAACUAGUUUUAGAUCAGAAGAGACCUAAAAUCAAGUACUAUAUACAAAUCAAAAGGUCUAAGAAAUAAGAAAUUCAGGAAAUACAAAAUACAAAAAAAAAUAUUUACCAUUAAUAGAUUAUGCAAAGCUGGGCCGUAGGUCCUUACAGAUGACGUUGAAUUUUAAAAGAACGUGUUUUCUUAAAAUCUGAAAGAUAUGAAUUGAUUACAGUAAGAUUAUUUGUAUCAGUUUUUUUAAUACACGUAUUAAUACAAUUUGUUUUUGUAAUUCUUUAUGUUGUUAAUAAUUUUGCAGUGAAUUUACUGUCACUUUUGUGAGAUGUAAUUGUAAUUUAGCUUCAUCAAUGAAGAUAUGAUGGUUAUGAGUUCUCAUUAACAUGUUUGUACGGUAUUUUUAGCUUUUUUCUAUGAAAUAUUUGAUUAGAUAUUUAAAGGAUUCUAUUUUUCAACAGUUUGAUAGAAUUAAUCUUUAUGUUACGCGGGCGAUCUGAAUGAUGAUUAAUAUAUCUUCCAGAACUUAUUUGUCUACGUUGUUUCCGUUUUUAUAGUAGCAAGAAAUGUGUAGAUUGCUCAUUUUUCCCUGAUUCUAUAUUAAAUUUUUCAUGAGGAUAAAAUCCAUUGUAGUAAAAUCGUAUAUUAUCAGUUCCAUCAUAUGGAAGGGAUAAAAUUAUAUCAUCCACAUACUUUUUAAUGGAAAAUGCCUUGAAGGGUGAAAUAGAUAUGAUAAAGUUUAUAAUAUAAUCCAUUAUAUAAUCUACUAGUAUACGGAAUAUUGAUUUUUACGAAUCUCAUUUUGGACAUGCUCAUUUUUCACUGGAAAUCAAUAUUUAACUUUUCUAUUCAUUCAUUCAUAUAUUAUAAAACGAGUAAUUGUAUUGAUUGCACUUCAUUUUCAUAUACUAAAUAUAUAAGGAAACUAUUUCGUAUUUUCAAGAUUCCAAUUUUAUAGGUAUUAUCAAAAUAUAUAAUAGGAAAGUUUGAGUCCCUAUCCUUGAAUUCAAUAUUUUAACUACUGAAACAUCUUUCCUCUGCUGAUUCAUCAAGCGAUAUUAAAACAUUCUCAAGCCGGAUCUGUCCAAAGGACGCGCACACUCCUGUAAUUUAUAGAAACUUUUAGCUCUGGGUGUCCACGUAUUCUAUUCAGAAGUUCAGUUUGAAAUUCCAACGUCGAGUGUGGUCUUCCUUUUAGUGAAUUUUAUUAAAAACUUUCAUCAUGAGUGUUAUUCAAUUGGACACCGAGGAUAGAUUAGAAUACAAUUUCUUCCCGAACAACACUGGAUUUGUACAGUUUCGUGUAAGAGCUGCCAAUGAUGCUCAUUUGGCUCUUACUACACAGGCCGCUGAAUGCGACCCAAUGUAUGAAAUUUUUAUCGGCGGCUGGGGUAACUCCAAAUCAAUUAUUCGAAAAAAUAGAACCAAACCAGAUGUCGCUGAGGUACCCACGCCAGGAAUUUUGAACCCAAAUGAAUUUCGUGGAUUUUGGAUCAGAUGGCAAAACGGUAACAUUGCUGUUGGAAGGGAAAAUGAACAAGCACCAUUCCUGUCAUGGAAUGACUAUGCACCCAUCAAUAUUGAAUAUGUAGGAGUCUGUACCGGCUGGGGAGCUAAUGGCUCUUGGAUAAUUGAACCACCCAGAGGAGGUGGCGGCUAUGGUGGAGCUCCUCAAAAUUACACAGCACCUCCGACCAACUUUUCAUCUGUAUGCUGGGCUCCAGGUAGAUCAGGUCAAAUACCUCCAAGAGCUUAUGCUGGUGGUGAAGAUAAUGGCGAACCUUUAUUCGUUAUCAGAGCUCAAUACAAUGGAGCUCUUAUCCCAGGCAAACUUGUUCAAAGUCAUGGUUGCGGGUACGUCCCAUGGGGAGGAAAUGAGAAUUCCGUUCAAGAAUACGAAGUUUUAUGCGAUUUCCCUGGACGAUGGGUCGCCACAUCUCGAGGAAACAUCCCUCCAAAUGCUCUAACAGCUGGACAAAGUGAAGAUGGUGAACCAUUAUAUGUAGGUCGUGUUGUCCAUGAUGGCUCCUUGACUGUCGGAAAAGUACAACCAAGUCAUGGAGUAUGCUACAUACCAUAUGGGGGUCAGGAACUGUCUUUCCCCGACUAUGAAAUUCUGGUACAAUAAAUGAAAAGAUGUUAUUGAAUCUUGAGACAUGCUGCCUAGAAUAACCAUCCAUAUUUAAAAAAAAUAUAUAUAUCUAAUAAUUAAGCGAGCGAGUUAAGCAUAAUAUGAAAAGAAAUAUGGCUUCUAGAGGUGCCUUUAUUAUUGUUAGAGAUUGUGUUUUUACUUUACUCAUUUAUUCAGUUACAUGUUUAUUUAUUAAAUUCUGAGUAUUGAAUAUGAUUUUAUAUGAAUAUGCACAAUUGUCUUCAUUUAUAUUGUAAUACAUAUUUUAUUGAGGUA